CAAUGCCAUCAUCCCAUCCGACCAUCAAAGCUGAAGAGAUACAUAAAUGAUGACUAGAAUCAGAAUGAUGUCUACGUGACAAUACCUAUAAUUUGAGGCACUAUCAAACAAUCCAAGGAUGGAGACUUAUAAGAUGGACAUCUUACAGACAAUUAACGCAAACGUGAACGAACGAUCAUCCACUUUUCCAAUCUAUCGUGGAACGGAGAAUGUACCGUUUGCAUCAUCAUCGCAAGUAAAGCUCGACCAGCUUGAGAACUCAUACAGUGCAAAGACGCCGUUGUGGAAUGAAGUACCCUUGCCCAUUCCUCGCUCGAGUCAGAAAGCUUCUCCUUCCACAAGUGCACGAAACAUCGAUUCAGAAGUGCUUAUCGAUAGAAUCAAUGAUGCUGUACCAUUCAGCGAAGCAUUGGAAGAGAAGGAGUUUCGUCCAUUCUACGAUCUAGAUGAGGAAGAUGAGAUGGAUUUCGUUUCUGAAAAGCAAAGACUCAACUUGCAAAUAUUCGAACAACAUCUAUCGCAAUUUUCACAUACAGAUGAAAAUGUAUUUGAAGAAUCCGACUUGAUAGGUAUCCUUCCAGAUGAACCACUUCCUCUACCGCCUUGUGGACAGCAACCCACACCGCCAGCCAGCAAAGCAAAGAAGCCGCCAGCAAAGCGAAAAAGUAGGGCAAAAGCAGUAAAAGCAGAAAGUAGUAAAGUUGUGGAAGAGUUGACCGAGAGAGAGACUGUUGUCGAAGUCGAAAAGCCCUCUUCGAGACCCAAGCCACGUAGACCAACGAAGAAGAAGUCGGAAACCAGCGCAAAAGUAGAAGCUGAGUCUGACGUGAUUCCAAAACCCAAACCAACAGCAAAAAGAGCAAAAAAAUCUGUCAAAAAGGCAAAAGAAGAAAGCACCAUUGAACCUGACGUGCAUCUCGAAGUUCCGAAAAUUCUCUUUACUGAUAUGAAAAAUGAACAGAUGCAAGCUCAAUCUUUAGAUGAUGAUGAUGACUUCUUCUUCCACAAAGUUAAAAUUGCCCCGAAAGUGCAGUCCAAAACCCAUAAAGUGGAUGGCGACGAUGCAAUCCUGAAGCUUGGUAUUCGUGAUGAGAAGCGUCCGAUUUAUGCACCAUCAGAAGGUACAACGUCUAGUGAUUCUGUAUUGGAGAAAUUGCCCAAGUCACAGACGAAAUAUUUUGACCCAAAUCUCAUCAAUCCAGAGGAAAAGGCAAAGAUGCAAAAAUCUCUUCUCUAUUUGGCCAAUUGUCCUUUGUGUAGAGCGUUUUGGCCAGCAUUGAGUGAAGAUAAGGAUGGCAACAUUGUCAAUAAGAGCAAAAGGAUCUGCAAAACAGCAACUGGACCCAAACGGAUCAGUCAUUUGCACUUGUGUGCUAAAAAGUAUGAACAAACGUACGAAAGUGUUGCGAGCCUUUUGCGCAGAGAUACAAUCACGUUGGAUAAGAACAAACGUUUUGAGCGGAUCAAAGAGAUGCAAGAAGAAAGCGUUUGGGCAGAGCAUUGUGGUGGUAAUUUGCCAGGUACUCAAGUGCAAAGUACUGUGCAAAAGAUGCUGAAGUCCAAAAAGAAUUGGUAUAAGAUUGAGAAAUAUGUUCGAGCAAAAGCACAAGAAGAGCAAGAACUUCAAGCUAAAGAGAAAAGCAAACGGGUUCGAUCGAGAGGGAAUGGUGGAACAGAUCGCGAAACGACAAUGAUCGAAAAGCCAACGAAAGGAUCUCAUAAAGAUGUAGAGAAAUGCUACACGUUGUUCGGUCCUUCUAGCUUCAAAAAUGUUUCUGACAAUGACGCCAUGGAGGAUGUUAUUUGGGUCGAUGAUUCAUUCGCAUCAAAUUAUGAUCAUAGCGAUCAAGCUUGUGAAAUGCCUUUUGAAAGCAUUUGCAGAGCUAGAAAGAGACGAAGACUGCUGCGAGAAGGACACGUUGGAACAUUUACUACUAGCAAAAGUUCUCUCUCAACAAUGGGACUUCUUUUUGGCGAACAACUUGCUAAAGCGUUUAAAUCGAAAUCAUCUCGCUAUGAAGAAUGCUAAACAAGCUUCUUGCUUUUCUUUAAUGUGUAUUUUAUCCGUCCAUGUAUCCUGUAUCAUAACAUGUAUUCAUAUAUUGUAUCCAAUUUCUUCAACAUUGAUAUGACUAUCUCUUGCAAUCG